UGUAAGAGCAAUUAAUUGUAUGGUGUAUUGCUAAAUCGAUAUUGAACUAACUCGUAUUUCUGCGUGAUGAUAUUAGCCGAAACAGUACUUUUCUCUCUGUGUUUAAUUGACACUGGUGCUGUAUUAUUUCUAUUAAUUUAUUACAUAAUAACAUUGUCUGAUUUAGAGUGUGAUUACCUAAAUGCCCAAGAAUGCUGUGAUAAACUGAAUUACUGGUUGGUGCCAAAGUAUAUUGCUCACACUUUAAUUACCUUCUUAUUGGUGACACAUGGGCAACUUGUAUUGUUUUUCCUCAAUUUACCCUUGUUUAUAUGGCUAACAUAUGAAUAUUUUACGAUACCUCAAGGUAAUCUUGGAAAGUAUGACCCAGCAGAGAUUCUGAACCGUGGACAGCUUCGGAAACAUCUAAGGGAUCUAAUGAUCUAUAUAGGAUAUUAUUUAGUAUCUUUCUUUAUUUACCUUUAUUGCUUCAUACUGGCACUUCUAAAAGGUAAUCCCAUAGCAGGUUCUGAUGAUCAGAUUGUGACUGAAAUGUAA